CAUAUUGACUGUCUAAUUUCUAAUCUAUGUUUCUACAUAUCUGUUCAAAUAUUUGUUUUAACUUCUGCGUAAGAAAUACAAUAACAAAAUAAUAAAUAAUAUAUCGUACUUGGCAAUAUUAUUACAUAUAUUACUAUGGCUGAAAUACUCGUUGAUGGAGAGAAUACAGAUAGUACGGGUAGAGUUUGUAGACCAACAUUGGCACAGGUAAAAGCUGUAGUAGAGUUCAUGCAAAAACACCCAGAUUUAGCUCACAGAAAACUGAGGUAUGGUGUUAGUCACCAGAAAUAUAAGAAACUCUGGAUUGAAUUAUCUAAUAUUGCUAAUUCUAUAGAUGGAAUUAUUAAAUCCACUAAAGGUUGGGUUAAGUUCUGGUCAGAUAAAAAGAGAAGUGUUGUUAUUAAACAUAAACAAAUUGAAGAUGGCAAGUUAAUGGGAUCACUGUCACCUCUAGAACAGAAAAUUUUAGAUUUAUGCGACAACAAAACUCCAGGAAGAAGAAAAAAAGCUGUGAAGCAAGAGCCAUGUAAUGGUGAUGACGAUGAAAAUAAUUCCUCCUUAGAUGACAAAUUUGGAAAAGAUGAUGAUAAUGAUUUCGAUAGUCAAAUGUUUAACAAUGAAGCAGAGGAACGGCAGUUGAAUACUAUGGAGAAAUUGGUUGACGUAAUGGGACAACAGGCAACAGCCAUGUCUCAAAUGGCACAAGCAGCAAUGGAUAACUCAAAGGCUCUAGAAAGAUUAGCGGAAGCAUCCCAUAUUCAGGCGCUGGCAGUAGAUAGAUUGGCGACUACGUUUGAGACAAUCACGUCUUCAGUACAUGAUGUACGGAAUGCUUUAUUGGGCAUUGACUAUACAAUGAAAAGAUGUUACUCCACAACUGCGACGCAACCACGCCAAAACACCAAUAUAUUUAGCUAAAAGACUGCAAUUUAAUUACUAUGUAUAUUAGAAAGUUAAGUAUUUAUUAUCAGAAUCAAAUGUUAGAAUUGCAUUUACUAAGUUAUUAUUCCAUUUGUAUUUAUACUUUUAAUCAAAUUAUAAUUUUAGCAGCAUUUUUCUCCUUAAAAAAUGUAAAUAAGGUUUUAAAUGCUUAUUAUUUUGUGUUUAUUGAAACCCCUCAUACUUAAAUGCAGAAAUACAAUAUUUUAUGUAUGUAUAUAUAUAAUGUGUUACAAUGAAUAUUGUUAAUUGACAAUAGUUAACAUUACAGUUAUGUUACUGUAACAAAAUAAUAUAUUUU